GCAGACACCAAUAUGGUUGCCGGUUGUUUACUUCGUCCACGUGAGUGGCCGCCGGGUUUAUGAGGCGCGUAUGUAAAUGGUUAUAACUGCGAUCAUUUUAUAAAAUACGCUUGAAGAGUGCAAGAAAAUGUCUCUUUCGGAGAGUAGAAAGAAAAUGUUCCAAUAUUCGCUUUCUCAGAUAGAAACCUGCAUUGAAAAUGGUACGUUCGGCAGGGCGCUCGCACAUUUCUGUGUAGUUUUCAAGCUGCAGCCGUCUACGAAGAACGAUCUCAAAGAGGCAUUCUUGCUCGCAGUAGGUAAACACACCGAUAAAUUGGAAGCCGAGGAAAGAUGGACCGAACUGUUCGAUUGCUACGAGGAACUUCUGAAAGCAUAUUACUCGUGUGAAGAGCUACACCAUUCGCUGGGAGCAUUGUUGUUAAGGCACGGCCACAUAAAAGCGGCAGCAUGCAGUAUACGGAAGGCACUUGAGAUCAACCCAAACUUCACAGCAGCUCGUCAGAGCUUGGAUGGACUGAGGACGUUGCUCAUAGAACGCUGGCACUUCCGGAUGUUGAAUGACUUGUCAAGAAAUGAAGCUUUUCACGAUGCCAUCACAGCUGCUGUCCAGAAGGGUCACAAGAAUAUGCUCGAUAUUGGAGCAGGAACUGGCUUAUUAAGCUUAUUUGCCCUCUCUGCAGGUGCAGACAAGGUGUACUCGUGUGAAAUGUCCUCGACUUCAUGUGAAGUUGCACGCACUGUAUUUGAGGAGAAUGACUUUGGCACCAAAGCCUGCAUAAUUAAUAAGCACUCCACAGAGCUUGCCAUUCCUGGUGACCUUGGUGAGCGCGUCACGCUUGUGGUUACCGAAACAUUUGAUGCUGGUUUGUUUGGAGAACAUGUUCUGAAGAGCCUGAACCAUGCAUGGAAGUACCUUUUGAAUGUGGAACCAUCUGCAUGUUGCCAACCAAAAGCCACCGUGAUACCUGAAAAUGCUGAGGUGUUUGCCUGCCUAGUUGAAAGCCAGUGGAUCAGGAGCAGUCAAAAGGUUAGCAGAGACGUGCUGGAGGACAUUUUGAAGUUGGAAAAUGUUGAACUGAAUGCUGCAAGUGAUGAUGAACAACCAUACGACUCUGAAAAACUGAGCCAGGUGAAGCAUGGCUUCCUGAGGCUUUCUGAACCUUUUCAUCUGCUCUCAGUGGAUUUCAACAGUCACAAAGAAAUUAAAAAUCUUAUCAAAGGCAUACAAUGGAGAGAGAAAGUCUGCUGCACCCAAUCUGGCAUCCUGGACGCUGUUUGCUUGUGGUUUCGGCUCAAAGUUGGAGAUGCGUGGCUGGACACAGGACCAGACUCAAACAGCUGCUGGGAACAAGCCAUAUUCACAGGUCCAAGUGCACAGGUGUCAUGUGGCGAAGUGGUUGAGCUCGCUGUGUCCUGCCAGAGCCACAUCUCCAUGCGCUGCACUUUAGAGUCACCGGGCAAAGCCUCUCAGAAGAAAGUGUUGAGCUUAGAGCCUGCCAUUGUACGUGCAAUUAAUGGACAAGCACAUGCAAUGGCGCAGAUUUCUGAAAAAAUGAGUGGAACACUCGAAGAACGCUCUUCACAAAGUAUACUGGAUAUUUCAAGUAUCCCAAUCCUAGGCUUGCUCCUCGUGCAACGUCAACCAAACUGGAGGCUCACUUGUAUGCAUAACUCAGAUUUGAAAGAUAUUGUUGCCCAUUUUGUGAAGGCUCAUAAGUUGGAAGUGUCUGUUUAUGUAGCAGAAAGCCUGGAGGAACUGUACAGUGACAAACAGAAGCAGUAUGAUGUGUUUAUCGUUAAUGUUUUAGAAUCAUCUGGGCUUUUGCGGCAAGGUAUUCUUGAAGACAUCGCUCUGCUAAGGAAAAGCUGCCUGAAACCUGACGUUACCAUGGUUCCUUCUUCAGUAACUCUCCGUGCUUUACUAGUUGAGAGCGAAACGUUGGAAAAACAGUCACGCCUUGUAUCUGACAGCAGCACCCUUGGCUUCAGAAUUGCAGAUUCCAUCAAUGCUUUUCAGGUACAGAUGCAGCAAGACAUCUGCCUUGCAACACUUCCACAUCGUGCACUGUCUGAUGUAUUCACUUUGCUGGAAAUCAACAUGUCAAACAUUGGAUUUGAUUUGCCUGAAAUCUCAGCAGUUCGGUCUGUGCCCUUGCUGCAAACAGGGCGGAUAUCUGGCUGCUGCUAUUGGUUCGAACAAGAGUGCUUUGGUGGAAUCACUCUGAGCAGCUACAGUGUUGAAGACACAUCUCUGCAAGCAGGUGUUGUGUUUAGCAGUGGUGUGCACGGUGCUGCGGGAACUACAGUAAGGGUUGGGACAUCAUGUGUGGACAGUAACAUCAACAUCUGGCUUGACAAUGUCAAAAAUGAGAAAGUGUUGCAGUAAAGGUCUUGGUGUCAAAAAAGUGUCUUUUGUAUUGCUGCAGCAAUUUACCUACACUUGGUGACAACCUAACUAUUCACUACAAGCUCCGCCGACAAAAUUGCAGUGCACCUACCUUCUGUGCAUCUGGUCUCUGAAGCAUAGUUCCAAUAAGAGGCAGAUUUUGAAAAAAAGUUGUGAGAAUCAGCCUCUCAUUGGAAAAAGCGCAUGAAUACCCUGCCCAUUUUCCUUCCUCGCAUGUGUGAGAAGACGGCGCCACAUAAAACCACUGUCCAUCUCAGCUCACCCUCGUACUUACAGUGAACAGUGGGCGGCCACGAUCUUAUCGCACUUAGGUUUUAUACGAAGUGCCACGCCGACGCCGACGGCGAAAGUUUGCCUGCAGUGUCCAUGUAAUUGCUCUCGCAAUAAAAGCUUGGCAUUUUCACUCGGAUUGUAAAGCGCUGACUGCGAUAGCAAGGUUCAGCGUUGCGCUUGAACUUGUCGGACGGUGUUCUAACCAUACACAGACGCGGCAUACGUGGGUGUGCCAGAAUUUAUGGUGCCUUUAAAAGCUUUAAGACGCAGUGUAGAGCCUGUAAUGAUAUCGCACGGGUGCCACUACGUUGCCCGUAAAGAGCCGUGCCACCAAAAUUACAUCAAUUUCAGGUUUGAGCACUAGCUGAUAAUGUUAUGUUAUAUCAUUAUAUCAUGUUAUAUCAUAUUAUUAUAUCAUGUUCUAUGUUAUAUCAGAAUGAUGAUUCUAUGCGAAGAGAACCAAGUGCAUAUUGUGUCAUAGCCGUCAGUAAUGUUUUGUUGAUGCCAUUUAAUUUUAAUUAAUUCCAUUUAGCAAAUGUUUUAAUUACUGCUCUCAAUGUCAUGCUGUCAAUGAAGAAUUUGUAGGAAAUUGAAAGGAACUUAAAGCUGCAUUGUUUUCAGCGAGGUACAUUUUGCUGGUUUAUUUUUUUCUGGCUGAUAAAGAAAGCCCACAAAAAUGGAAAAAUAUCGCAUGGCUAACCAUCUGCUCGCAUCAAAAAGCAGUGACCUCAAACAAGCUCCAUAGCAGUUAAUGGCAGAGCUGACACUUUAUCUGAUGCACCCUACCCACGACAGUGUGGUGCCUUGGUGUUUAUAAGGAAAUAGUGCUCAUAACUGGCACAUGGUUGAUCCAUCGUGGAAAGAGUGUGCUCACUAACUGUGUCUAGGUAAACAAAACAAGUCUUCAUCAUGGUUUACAAAAAAGUGGCACUUCGGCACCGGUAGCGAAAAUAGCAGACAGCAUGCUUGGCCAUUCUAAGGAAAAAAAAGAAAGCAUAAAUUGGAAAUGAACAGUGGUGACAGUGAUUGAGUUAGAGAAGAGGGAGAGGGGUGGAGAGUAGUGGUAGCUAGGUUCCCGUUAUAAUGAAGCAGUGAAGGAGAAAACAGUCGCUGCGCAGCACCAGUGCGUGUUUCAACAUUGUAGUGGUAGAGGGGGCUAUUUUAGUAAGGCGGCGGGGGGCACAAUAGAGAAGGAGCAUGGAAGGGAGACAAAGGCAGCAACUUGUGGAAAGGAAAUGUACUGUCACAGUACACAUAUGUAGAAGCAUUGCCCGUUCUGACUAUUUUUGGGGUCCAGCUGAGAUUGAGAACAGAGAAAAAAAAGAAAAUUGCCUCGCCAUCUUGGCCCUGUGAAAGCGGAUGUCCAGCAAAGCUUUUGAAAACCACCACUACAAUUGCCGAGAGGUGGGGAGGGGGGGGGAGUGUAUGCAAUACUUUCUUGCUUUAGUGUAUUGGUAAUUUAGAGUAAAGGGAGGCAAUCGCACAUAAGUAAGACAUGUUCGAAGCUCGCGUAUGGUCGCCGCGCAUUACUAAAAGCCUGUGAAUGCUUUGGCACAAGGUGUUGCAUGUCCUAUAUUUUGCAUUUGUGCAUUGUUAUUCGAGCUACUGCAUAGUAUCGUGGGACAGCACAUACAAAACAUAUUUUAAAUCUAUUAGCUGCUUACAAAAUAGGGCAAUAAGAAUUAUUACAUUUUCAAAUAGGACGGAUUCUACAGAAUAACUGUUCUAACUGACACGUGUACUUCUGCUGGACUCUGUUCAUAUAUUAAGUGUUGCUGACAUAAUACAUAGAAUAAUUAAACAUGAUGACCCUUUCCCACUAAGCACUUUUACGUUACCUGCGCACUGUACAAGGGCUGCAGCGAACAACUGUUUUAAUUUACCGGUUGCCAGAAAUGCCUACGGUCGAAGGGUAAUAGAAUUUCAAAGCGCCCUCAUUUGGAAUGCCAUACCGACUGAUGUGAAAGCAGCACACAAUUUUUCCGCAGCCAUGAAGCGUUUCAUGGUCAGUGCAUAAGUGGUACAAUUGGAUAAAUGGUCAACUUGCUUGCUGUUAUCCUCUAUGAUUGAAUCAUGUGUUUUCUAACGUGUAUUCAGUUUUGUUUUCCUUUUGUCACUGUGGUUACCGUUUGCCAAAUUACGUAGGCAUGUCAAACAAUUGGUCCCAUUACUAGCCAGCCAGGCUAUGGGACCAAACAAGUUUUGCGAAGUUUUCUGUAAUGUGAAGAUCCAGAUGACGAAAAAAAAAAGAUAAUUUUGACAGCAUGCUGCUCAUUCACCAUUCACACUGAUCCUUGGGGGUCCUAAGGGUUGCCUACCCAUAGCAGCGCUGCAACAACAAUGAAAUCAGUAGCUGGGCUGGUUAAUUUAUCUACAAAAGGCUGGUGAUGUCACUCCCCACAUCGCAAGCUGCCGUUGCCACGGGUUCCAGAACAUACUGCGUCAAGCCAAAACUGUCAACCAUGUUUUUCAUUUCUAGAUCAAUAUGGCUUGCGUUCAAAACCGCACAUGUACCAUUUUCUCAUUUCAAGCCUGGCAAAUUAAAAUCACCCGCUAGUAAAAUGGUUUGGUCAGACCUCUGAAACGAUGUUGUAUAACAUUUUUUUUGUUGCUUUACAAUGAAAUAACCUUCUUUUAUUAGCACAUUACUUUAUUUCAUUGUUCUAUCUUGUUAGUUUGUAUUUAUAUAACAAUAUGCUGCGUAUAAUCGUUUGUUGAAUGCAUCCUACUGCUGUUUAUACCAUUAUCAUGUAUGCAUUGUGAAACAGGAGGUAUCCUGGACUUUGGGACCUCCUAAUGUACUGCUGAAGAUAUAUGCCUGUUUUCUCUUGUGCUGCAAAUA